CGCUUCAUUCGUAAAAGUUUUAGCCCUAGCUAUUCCAAUCCACUAUAUAUUUAAACUUUAGUUCCCAAACCCUAGUUUUUCAUCACAGAAAAAACCCUACUCUCCUUCCUCCUUCUCGAUCUGACCUAGCCAUGGUUCACGUCAACUUCUACAGGAACUAUGGGAAGACGUUUAAGAAGCCCAGACGCCCUUACGAGAAGGAGCGUUUGGACGCUGAGCUGAAACUUGUCGGAGAGUACGGUCUCCGGUGCAAAAGAGAGCUUUGGAGGGUUCAGUAUGUGUUGAGCCGAAUCCGUAACAAUGCUAGAAUGCUUCUCACUCUUGAUGAGAAAAACCCACGUCGUAUUUUCGAAGGGGAAGCCCUUUUGAGGAGGAUGAACAGAUAUGGGUUGUUGGAUGAGAGCCAGAACAAGCUCGAUUAUGUUCUUGCUCUUACUGUUGAGAACUUUUUGGAGCGUCGUCUUCAGACCCUUGUCUUCAAGUCUGGUAUGGCUAAGUCCAUCCACCAUGCUCGAGUUCUCAUCAGGCAAAGGCACAUUAGGUAUCAAUUUCACCAUCCUUUUAUGUUUUUGAAUAUAUUAAUCCCAAAUACUUAUAAUCUAAUUCAGAACAACUGUAGUUGUAUUAGGUUAAAGGUUUUCUUAUUGUGUGAUAAUUUUGGGGGAUUAUUAAGCUUGUUUUGUAUGUUUUCUAGUUUGUGGAUGAUGUGCUUUAGUUUUCUAGGUGUAAACUAAUCUUAGUAUAGACUAGUUACUUACAAUUAGUUGUGUGUUUUACAGACUAUUAUCUUAGAAUACUAAAUACAUUCACUAUUCUCAAUGGAAUAGUUUGUUGAAUCUUGAAAUUGAUUAUGUGUUUUGGUUAGUUGCAUUUUCAUCUGUGAUACAUAAUAAUGAAUCUUACAAUACUGGUUACUUUUGCUCUUCUCAGGGUUGGGAGGCAGGUAGUCAAUAUCCCAUCAUUUAUGGUGAGAGUUGACUCUCAGAAGCACAUUGACUUCUCUCUCACAAGUCCCUUCGGAGGUGGCCGCCCUGGCCGAGUGAAGCGAAAGAACCAGAAGGCAGCUGCCAAGAAGGCUUCUGGUGGAGAUGGAGAUGAGGAAGAAGAAGAAUGAAGUACUUCCCAUUGAGUUUUUUAGUCUAGUCUUUUCCUAUCAUUUGCAGAUUUUUUGUUUUUUUUUUGGGUUCCAACUCUAAUUUUGUUUUUUGCCAACUCUAUCAUGGAUUUUGUUAUGAGACUUUAGUUUUAAGAUAUGUGUGAUAUGUACCCUUCUGAACACAUUUCACAUCUCCAAAUCAUUUUUUCUGGUUUACAAGUAUGAUACAAUCACCUUGAAAUCUUAGUAUAGUUUUACAUAAUUUAAAUUUAUCUAUUUUAGUCA